AUGGCUACAGAGCAGCGACCGAUCGCGCCGAACGCUGAUCCCAAACAUACCCCCAGCAACACCUCCACCACCACCACCACCACCCUCACGCCUGGCCCCUCUUCCAAUGCCCCUGGAACAUCGUCCGCCGCGCCCAACAGCCAGAUCCCCGGGCAUCCCAGCUUCAGACGGUAUGCUCCUGCUUGUUGUGCUUGAUGCACGGCUUGUCUUCUGCGCCGCGCCGCGCCGCGCCGCACUGCACUGUACAUGCUAACUGUGCGCUCAGCCAACGCGCCUCAAGAGCAUGUGAAGUAAGUGUACCGCUCAGAGAGCCAGGCAUCGACCGCUAAUCAUUGUCUAGACCUGCCAUGCACGCAAGGUACGAUCCUUUACCACAUACCUUCGACUCCCCAAACUCAACUCAUAUCCAUGUGAAACAGGUGCGAUGCGAUGCAGCCAGUCUCGGCGUGCCCUGCACCAACUGUGUCGCCUUCUCCAUUGAGUGCAAGAUUCCGGCGCCUAAGCGGAAAAAGACCAGCGCCAAGAAGGACAAUGAAAGGUGGGCACAUGUCUUGGGAAUGGGACGACAGACGGGGUGCUGAUGAGAGUCGUGCAGUACGGAACCCGCUGAGCCCGCGAAGGACAAUCGCUCACCCGCCGAGACCGAUGCCAGCUUUCCCACUCGAGGCGAGAUGGUCAUGUCGCGCGAGAUCGCACCCGACAAAAUUGGUAUGAACACUCCUGCCGGAAUGCCCAAGGUUGAAGGAUCCGAAGGCUACUACAACCAGCAACAAGUGACAAAUGGCACCUGGGCGCAAUACAUGAAGCCAAAGUUCGCCCGAGCACCUAUCAAGGAGGCCGGACGGGUUGCGUAUCUGGGUGAAUCGUCGAAUCUCUCACUUCUUGUACAGGACCGUAUGGGACCUACGGACGUCGUCCAUUACCCUCUCCCGGAGAACGUGCGGGGAGCUCGAGCGCGGGUCAACGAACUGGAUAAUGUCGAGAUCGACAUUUUACAUCAGCGAGGGGCCUUCCUCCUCCCGCCACGACAACUUUGCGAUGAAUUAGUCGACGCCUACUUCACAUGGAUUGCGCCGGUCGUGCCCGUAAUCAAUCGCAGCAAAUUCAUGCGCCGAUAUCGUGAUCCGAAGAACCCUCCUUCAUUACUCCUCCUGCAGGCCAUUUUACUUGCCGGGUCUCGCGUGUGCAACAAUCCACAACUCAUGGACGCAAACGGUUCAACAACCCCUGCGGCAAUGACGUUCUACAAGCGUGCGAAGGCGCUAUACGAUGCGAAUUACGAGGACGACAGAGUCACCAUUGUUCAGGCACUCAUUUUGAUGGGAUGGUAUUGGGAAGGUCCAGAGGGUAAGAAUCGCGGUCCGGUAGACAUCGUCACGCACGCUGGGUCUGACGUCGGUGCAGACGUCACAAAAAAUGUCUUUUACUGGAGCAGAGUAGCUGUCAUUGUCGCACAGGGUUCUGGCAUGCACAGAAGGUGAGCAAUCAGUGUCUGCAUUUCCCGACCUCCUCGACCAGUGCUAAAGUCGCGGUUGUAGUGUCGAAGGCUCUCAGCUCAGUAAAGCGGACAAGCGCCUAUGGAAACGCAUUUGGUGGACUCUGUUCACUCGAGAUCGAUCCGUCGCCGUGGCCCUCGGAAGGCCCGUCUCGAUAAACAUCGAAGAUUCCGACGUCGAAAUGUGCACCGAGGACGACUUCAUCGACGACGAGCCCGACCGACCGUCCGAAUAUCCGCCCGACCCCAUUCACGUUCAGUUCUUCCUCAAUUACGUUAAACUUUGCGAAAUCAUGGGCCUUGUUCUUUCCCAGCAGUAUUCCGUGGCGUCGAAACUCCGCCGGAACAAUGCGCUUGACCUAACACACAGUGACAUGGCCCUUGCGGACUGGUUACAGAACUGCCCGCCCGAGGUGAGAUGGGAGCCGCAGCGACACCAUUUCUGGUCUGCAUUGCUCCAUGCAAAUUACUAGUGAGUAGCGCAGGCUGGAGGCCCCAGUCCCGAACGUUGACAUGUUACAGUACUACCCUGUGUCUCCUUCACCGAGCGCACAUGCCUCCGGCAGGAUCAGAAAUGCGACACAACAAUGGCUUCCCGGAGGAGACAGCAUACCCGUCGAAGUCAAUAGCCUACCAAGCUGCGGCGAUGAUUACUUCCAUCAUUGAGGCGUUGCAGGCGCACGACCAGCUGCGUUACACGCCUGCAUUCAUGUAGGUUCCCAUACCUCACAGCAGGAUCGGUCGCGUGGCGUUACUGACCGCGCAUGCAGUGUCUACAGCUUGUUCUCCGCGUUGAUUAUGCACGUCUACCAGAUGCGCUCAUCUAAUCAGUCGAUUGUGUCGGCUACACAGCAGCGGCUGACCACCUGCAUGAACGCGCUCAAGGAUGUCUCCAGGGUGUGGCUCGUGGCCAAGAUGGUGCACACGUUGUUCGAGUCCAUUCUUGGCAAUAAGAUGCUCGAGGAGCGAUUACAGAAAGCGGCAGGAAAACGACACCAGAAGAACAAACACGGCACCAGCAGCCCUGCCAUCCGCAACCCAAGCAAAGAGGCACCCGUGAUGGAGACGGCCAGUGAAACCCAGAAGCGGAAGUUCGACGACAUGGAACUUGGUUUCAACGGCCCACCUGCUCCGCAGAUGUCCUACGAGCGCUCGCGGCCGCAGUCGCCGGCUGCCUCACCUACACGGGAGCUUCCGCCGGGGUCACAGGCUCCAGCACCACAGCAACUUCCACAAAUCACGACCAGCCCUCCCACUCUGCGGCAAGGUAACGACGCCUUCAUGGGCAACUCGCGCGCAAAUACCAGACCCACGACUCCCCUGCAUAACUUCUCAUACCCCGGGACUCCGCCCGACCUCUUCUUACACACGCGGUAUUCGCCCAAGAUCUCGGAAGACCUGUGGCAGAAUUAUCAACCGGACCAGCUCUUCCCUCCGGAGACGAACACCCUGUUCGCGCUGAAUACGUUGAGCAAUCAAAGUCCAAACCAGAUGGUCGACCCGGCGUUACGAGCGCCUCCCCUUCCCCCCGCACCGCAUCAGCAACAGUCCGCGCCGCAUCAGCCCAACAUGUCGACUCCUGAGCCGAUGCAAGCCAACCAGCAGAUGCCGAUGGCUGAUAGACAGGCUGUGCCACCGAUGGCAUACCACCAGGAUCCCGCUCCAUGGAGUCAGAUGCACAUGGGGAAUCAGUCUUGCCCGGACGAUCAGUGGAGCAAUUCUGCUAGCAGUACGUGUGGUCCACACGUACCCACGACGCUCAAUGUUGGCGACUGGUUCGAAUUCUUCGGCAUCCCGAAUGGCGCGGACUUGAGCGGAGGCCUGAACGGUGCAGGGAGAGGGUACGGGUAA